CGCGCAUGCGCUCUAGCAUGUAAAUAACAGCAACCGCGGCGGUGGUUUGUUUGGUGUCGUACAGGCUCAUCAAAUAGACGAAUAACCGGGUUAUAUUUACAGAGAACGUUAUUAUAUCUGCUACGUUCAUGAAAUUGGACAGGGAUGAGAGUAUUUAGUGUCUAAAUGUGUUAUGCUGUAUUCAGUGUAGCAUGACACAGCAGGCUGUCGAUCAGAGUAACACAGCUGAUCCAGGAGCGAAUGCUGCUCAAUAAAACACUCAAGACCAUUAUUCAAGACCAUUAAUCUGCUGUGGGAUUCGCAGAAAUGCUUACAGAAAACAGGAAACGUCAGCGCGCUGAAGGUGAUGAUGAAGAUGCUCGGAUGCCUCAGGCCAAACGACUGAGUUCAGCCCUCCAGAGCUCAGAGACGGGUAGAGAAUCAUGGGAGUCUGAGUCUUCCAGUAGCGAGAGCAGUUGGAUCAGCAGUCCGGAUCACGCCGCAGGGAGCAGCAGCAGUAGCCAUUGUGGAGUGGAUGUUAUCGGGCCCCACGGCGGACCCGGCCCCGGCCCCUGCAGUCCCCGUAGUGCCUCUAAGCAGUCGGACCCCACGGACCUGCUGUCCUACCAGCACAUCAACCGUGUCCUGAGGGAAGCCCAUUUCCACAGCUUACAGAGCCGAGCUCAGUCCAAGCACAGGUGACUUUCAGGGACAGAUUAACCCCAUAGCGGACCCCUAGAAGACAGGGUAAAACUUCUUCAUCUCCAUCCUCAUUCAAACCUGCUCCUACUUUCUAGAUCUCUCUGCUAUAGCUCAUUUUAUGUUGAUAUUUUAUUGGAUGGAAAACAUGCCCUGGUACUGUAAGCUCUUUGACUAACUAGAGCACAAAAGUGUUCAUUGUAAGCAAUAACGGCUUGAUUAUGAUGCAAACUUUUGUGACUUUCACACUGUGUACUUUUCUUCUGAAAACAGCUGUAUUGAGAAUUAAGAUGCAGUUUAGUGGGGAUUUGCACUUGGGAAUUUAUGUUGAUCAGAUAUUGAUGUGGACCAUAUAGCAAUGCAGCUGAGCACAUUUAGAUGGGAGGCAUAAACAUGCACCUCUGAUUAGUGAACUCCAUUGCAGUGCUGUAACAAAUGCAUAAAGAAGCCAGUCGAUUUAAUAUCAAAGACUGCACUGAUGGGCAGAUCUGGGGAAUUUCUUUAUAAUCUUGAAACAGUGGCUCAGAGGUUCUGCCGGAUCUCUUGCCUCCCAACCAUCACUGAAGCUGGUUGCUCAUCCAGGCAUCAGGCCUUCGAGACCCUGCGGAGGAUUUCUUGUGUGCUAUUCAAAUACUGCAUUUUAAAGAUUGUUGUUUAUUUUACUAUACCUUUUUGUAAUGAAAGAUGUACAUUACAUUUUACAUUCAGAUCAUCUACAUU